AUGAUUGAAGGGGAAGGAGGUAGCAUUCCUAAUCUGUAAAAUUAAGAAAUAGUUACAGGAUAACCUGUAUAAACAGGUACUCCGCUCAUUUAGACUAAAAUUAAUGCUGAUAUAGAAACUAAAAAACAUGUGUGCAUUCAUUGGUGUUUAUUUUUUGUUCUAGUUACAAUUUUUGUAUUGACUUCUGUGUUUAUGCCAGAAUCAACCAAAUAGGUUCAGUUGGACAAUCCUUGUUAGGAAAAUGACGAAUAUCAUUUUGAUUAAGAAUCAUGGUUUGAAAAGAAUAAAUAGUAAUUGUAAAAUUUCCAAAUAAUUCUAAUAGUUGCAAUCAAAGUGGGGCUAAUUAUUCAAUUAUUAGAAGAUUAGAUAAAAAGAAUCAAUUCCUAAUUGUUUAUGGGUAAUUUAGUUUCUUCAGUCCCUCUGGUUAUGAAAUCAGCUACUUAAAUUAUACUGCCACAUUAUUUGGUUUGACUAAGGAAUAAUAACAAACUGGGAAUCUAUAUGAAGAUUUUAUUACUAGUAAGAAUCAUUCGAUAACAUCGAAUUGUAAUCAGAACUACGAUGAUGAUGAGGAUGAAUCCGAUGAAUAUGAUGAAUACGAUGAGAUGGUUGGAGAUGAAGAUGAAAAUGCAGACGAAAAUCAAGAUGAGGAUGAAGAUGAGGCACCAGGCGAAUAACACAGACUUUCUCAAAGAACACUAGAUUAUGGAAAUUAUGAUCAUAAGGUAUGUGAUUGGAAAGUUUUGGUCUAUAUUCCAAUUCUAGAGUAUCACGAUUACCUUCUAAUUAUAAAUUACGCUAACUCUUACCAAGAAAAUGAUGCUUUUUUAUACACAUAAGGAUUAACUGUUGAUCCCAGAUAUUCAAAUUCUGUAUUAGCACUAAGAUACACAUUUUUUGCAUUUUCAGUAAUAAGUUUGACACUGUUUGCAUUCAGAAUGAAAAAAUUGACCUUAUCAAAUUGGGUCAUCGAAUAAAAGUUUGUAUUAGCCUUGAGCUUUCUUUUGCCUUGGUUCAAUGAUCCACUGUAUGCGGCUACAUUAAUGGCUCCGAACAGAGUUACUGCUGUGAUUGGCGUGAUAUUUUUCAGUAAUUUCAUUUGUUGUCUCUUCCUUUAUUGGCUUGUACUUUACCAUAGGAUUGUGGUGGAUAAUGGAUCUAAGGAAAGUACUGCAGUCACUAAACCCAAGGUCUUGGUUUGCUUCCUAUUGUGGCUCUUUUUUGUGGUGUCCUAUUCAAUCCUAGUCAUUUAGUAUUUUAGGGAUCCGACUACAAAUUUUGAUGACUUCCAUAACAAAGCUUACUUGGCAUUUAAAGUGCUUUCAAUUAUAUUUUCAUUUGCUAUAUUUUUGUAUCUGCUCAAGUACUUGAUUCAAUUUUGCAAAUGCCAUGAGACUAGAUUGUGGAGAUACAAGUUGAUUGGAUUGUUUAACAUCUUUUUCAUGAUGUGUUUGGGGUUAUUUAUUUUGUCUGGAUCUUUUGAAAUUUACAAUCUCACUGGAACAGAGGUGCUAAUCUCUAUUAGUAUAUUGAAUUUGUACAUCUAUUAUCAGUAAUACUUGUGGAGUCCCAGCAAGUAGGGACUAGCCUAAUUUGAGAAUCUGAAUCAGAAUGUCAUGAUCAGUAAUAGGGAUUAUGAUGAAAUCGAAAUUGAAAAUAUCUAUGUCAAUUAAGAGAAUGUUGUGGAUGAGAAGUUUUAGGUCCAAGAAGAGAAGGGAAUGUUGGUUGAAUGA